AAGAAUAACCAUGUAUCUCAACACCACCUUAUCACCCUUCAUUAUAGCUCCUCACUUGUUCCUUUAGCCCUUUCUAGUUCCUCUCAAUUCUCAAUCACUUAAUUCAACCGUGCUUAUUGAGUCAACAAAUAUUGUUCACAAUAUAUGUUUUAAUUGUAGCACAUUCAAAAGUAUAUGAUACCAUAAUCAUAAUAAAAAUAGGCACACACACAUAUAAGUAGCAUAAUUUUAUAUAAUUAUUUAAAUUGUUCAUAUAUAAUUUAUUUUUUUUAAACUCAGCAUCCAGCUCAAGAAUCGACUAUGGGUAACGUAGACUAUGAUUACCCUUGUUCGGGAAUGAACAACGUUGAUGAGAAUCAUGUGCAACGUGUGGAAAUUCCACCUCCUCAACCAUUUUUGAAAUCUUUGAAGUAUUCAAUGAAAGAAACUUUCUUUCCAGAUGAUCCUUUGAGGAGGUUUAAGAAUCAACCAGCUUCUAAAAAGUUUGUGCUUGGUCUUCAAUAUUUCUUCCCUAUAUUUGAAUGGGCACCAAGUUACACUUUUCAGUUCUUGAAAUCUGAUCUCAUAGCUGGCAUCACUAUUGCUAGUUUGGCUAUUCCUCAAGGCAUUAGCUAUGCCAAACUUGCCAACCUCCCCCCAAUUCUUGGACUAUAUUCGAGUUUUAUACCACCUUUGAUUUAUGCUAUGAUGGGUAGUUCAAGGGAUUUGGCAGUUGGAACAGUGGCAGUUGGAUCUCUUUUGAUGGGUUCCAUGUUGGGAAAUGUGGUUAAUCCUAAUGAAAACCCAAAGCUUUUUCUCCACCUUGCUUUCACAGCUACAUUCUUUGCUGGGGUUUUGCAAGCUUCAUUGGGUCUCUUUAGGUUAGGGUUUAUAGUGGAUUUCCUGUCACAUGCAACUAUAGUAGGAUUCAUGGGAGGAGCAGCCACGGUGGUGUGUCUGCAGCAGCUGAAAUCGAUACUAGGACUUGAACAUUUCACCCAUGCUGCUGAUCUUGUAUCAGUCAUGCGCUCUGUUUUUACCCAAACUCAUCACUGGAGGUGGGAAAGCGCAGUGUUGGGAUUUUGCUUCAUUUUCUUUCUCCUUGUCACAAGAUACUUCAGCAAAAAACAACCAAAGUUCUUUUGGGUGUCAGCAAUGACGCCGUUGGCAUCCGUUAUAUUGGGAAGCAUGUUGGUUUAUUUCACUCACGCAGAGAACCACGGCGUUCAAGUGAUAGGAGAAUUGAAAAAAGGACUAAAUCCACCAUCACUCACAGAAUUGGUGUUUGUGUCACCAUAUAUGACCACAGCUAUCAAAACUGGACUUAUUGUUGGCAUUAUUGCUCUUGCAGAAGGAAUAGCUGUAGGAAGAAGCUUUGCAAUGUAUAAAAAUUACAAUAUUGAUGGAAACAAAGAGAUGAUAGCUAUUGGAACCAUGAACAUAGUUGGUUCUUUCACCUCUUGCUACCUCACAACAGGGCCAUUUUCGCGUUCGGCAGUGAACUACAAUGCUGGAUGCAAGACUGCAGCAUCCAACAUUGUGAUGUCAAUUGCAGUCAUGUUGACACUGUUAUUUUUGACACCUUUGUUCUAUUACACUCCUCUGGUGGUACUAUCAGCCAUAAUUGUAUCUGCAAUGCUUGGACUUAUAGAUUAUGAAGCAGCCAUCCAUCUGUGGAAGGUUGAUAAAUUUGAUUUUGUCGUCUGCAUUAGCGCAUAUAUCGGUGUUGUUUUUGGCAGUGUUGAAAUUGGCUUAGUCAUAGCGGUUGCUAUAUCAGUACUUCGGUUACUGCUGUUUAUUGCAAGACCAAGAACAUUUGUUUUGGGAAACAUUCCAAACUCUAUAAUAUACAGAAACAUUGAGCAUUAUUCAAAUGCAAAUCGUGUUCCUGGAAUCCUAAUUUUAAAGAUUGAUGCACCAAUUUACUUUGCCAAUGCAAGCUAUUUAAGAGAAAGGAUCUCAAGGUGGAUUGAUGAAGAGGAAGACAGAAUUAAAUCUACAGGGGAAACAAGUUUGAAGUAUAUUAUAAUGGAUAUGAGCGCUGUUGGAAACAUUGAUACAAGUGGAAUAAGCAUGCUUGAAGAGAUUAAGAAGAUCGCUGAAAGAAGAGAGCAACAACUUGUUUUGGUCAAUCCUGGAAGUGAGGUGAUGAAGAAACUAAAUAAAUCCAACUUCCAAAAGGACACAGGUGGAAAUUGGAUCUAUCUUACAGUGCAAGAGGCUGUUAGAGCAUGUAACUUUGUGCUCCAUUCAAGCAAAACAAAUCCCAAAAGAGAUGAAUCAGAGGGUUGGAACAAUGUCUAAACUAUAUAUCUAUGGAUACUUUAAGGAGCUCAGAAGAUUACUUGUUUUCUUCUCAGUUAUGUAUUAUUAGUAUAUUAUUAUUACAAUAUGUGGCAUGAGAGUUUGUGAAUCAUGCCACUAAAUAUUUAGAGCCAUAGGGAAAUGAAAUAUGUAUUGAGUCUUCAAUUUUCUCAACUUGCAUACUAUUUCCUAAGUUGGAAGAAAUAUACUACAUAGAUUGUUGAGUCCUUAUUAUGCAACAAUAUGGUUGUUAACCUCUUCAAGUUUAAAGCAUUUACCAUGAAAAUUAAAAAUGCCCUUUGAAAAGGUUGUGGAACUGGAA